ACACAUCGAAAAUGAAAGUAACAUUUUUCAAGGAACAGCUUUUUUUCAGAAAUGGAACAUCGGGUUUUUUUUCAGUUGACAAUUAGUGACAUGCCUAUUUAAUCAUGGGGGACGAUGAUAAAUUAGAGAUGAUCACCCGGGUCCGUGAGUUGUUUCACGGACGAUUUAACAGAGAGGAAGUCCGACGCCUCCUUGACAACCAUAACUGGAACCAAGCAGAAACUGUAGAUUUUGUCUUCACAAAUGAGCCUUCGGUCGUUACACAGUUAAUCGCCGGGAAAUCGGAGAAAGACAUCGUUGGACUUCAGGAGAGUGAGUUACUCCGCCUGAAUGCAGAGAAGGGUAAAAUUCCCAGUAGGCGGCGACAGUUCGCGUGUGAAGCCUGUGACAACGUAUGGUGGAAGAGGGUCCCCAAACGGAAGCCGGUGUCUAAGUGUAACAAAUGUCUUCGGAAGUUUGACCCAGUACCGGAAGACGAGGAAUACGGAUGGGCGGGUUUUACCUGUUCCUGUGGGAACGAAUUUAGUGGGUACGGUCAGAAAAAUGUCACCACCAGUAAAUGCUACAAAUGCAGUUCUAUGGCUCUAGCUACCUCUGUACGGCCUCCGGAAGCUAGGAAAGACCGGAAGUCGCGAAGUCGUCAUAGCUGUAGCGCACCAGACUGUACCCAUCGCCAGACAGGGAGCGAACCAAGAGGUGCCGAGUAUCAAAACACAGGAUAUAGAGGUAGGGGUGGAAGAAGCCAAAGGGGUUACGGGUACGCUAAUCUUUAUGCCGAGUAUAAUGGACAAGGAUAUUACAACAGUGGCCAUGGGGUAGUUCUUUAUGAAAGAAAUGGCAUGCCUGCACAACAAGAGAGUCACAGUCCCAGCACGUGUGUCCAUCCCGAGUCCCGACAGUCCAGCGGUAAAAAGCGCGUGAUCGUUCCCAGCAUGCCCCACCGGAGUUCCGGGUCGACCGUCGACAGUCUGAUGUUAGAUGACGACGAGGCGUCAUCUGUGCUGUCGGGGUAUCAACCCAGUGUCGACAAUAUCCCGGAAGUGUCGGACGAAGAAAACGAGCAAGGCGACGAGUAACGUUAAUAGGAUGAUGAUUAUAGAAACUUUGCAAACAAUUAUAUAUAAUUAAUUAAGCCAAUCAUUAAGAUUAUCAAGAUUGAGAUUUUCACCGAUUCGUGUUUUUCCUCGGAAUUCUGGUUAAUAUAACUUUUGGUAUAGAAAUCUGAAUUUAUUACAAGAAAAUUGGCCAUAAGUCCUCAAUAUUAUAAGCUACCACCUAACGAAACAAUUUUAAAAAUAUAUUUCUGUUAAAUUUGGUUGUUGUUGUUGUUGUUGACUGGACAUAAUGAAGCAUUCCUGGUGAUGAAAAGGCAGCAAAGUCAUAGGAGCAGUGUUAAUACCGAAUCAUUCAAUCCGCAGUUCCAGAGUUAUCUUUCUUGUGAAUAGGACCAAAAAGUGAUAUUCUAGAGACAUGUCUGAGUUUUAAUGCAUCAAUAUGAAU